AAUUACGUCAUAUGGAGCCGAGAGAAAACGUUUUUAGAAGCGUUAAAAGCAGUAUUGUGAUCUCAUAUAGAAGAACAUGCAGACCAUUUUGAGGAAAUGGUCUUUUGUGCUUCCUURAACCUCUGUUUUGCCUUGUUCGUGUUGUUUUUUACUAUUAUUAUAACACUUGGCUGUUGCUCGUGUUGGUUUGACUAUUAUUCUAUGACUGUGAAUCAAAAGAAGUGUAAGGACAAAGACACAUGGUAGGUGAUCUCUUGAGUGUUGUUCGGUGUGUCAGUUGAUGGUACAUAAUGGUAUWUGUUUCCAUUUAAAGCCAAGUUAAGAUUGAAGAUAGCCAACGUCUUUUGAAGUAAAGGAAGGUACUUCUCGUACAGAUUAUCCUGCAGUUGAAGAUACUCAGCUUAUAAAAUUCCCAUCUUUGUUGGCCAUGUUUACARCCUUUUUGGUUCUCCACGACAGUCAAGCACACUACCCCAUACCUUCAAAACAUGAAAUGGGCCACAAUGUCCGCGUCGGCCCCCCACAUGUCAUCAAACGUCAAGAAAUCAACCAAAAACUACGUUUUGAAGUCGUCUACGACAAUAGCAUUACAAAACUUACUCCAGAUAACAAAAAGCUUGUCACUAAGAAGUUAAUACCCGAAGCAAUCGAGUAUUUUCACAAUACACUAACUGUACGAGCGAUCACGCAGAAUAUAAAACUGCAAAGAACAUGUAAGAAUAAYGCGUACUUUUUAAAAGACGAAAAGGGCAGAAAAAUAGGUGAUAUGCAGUACUGCAAGUUGGAGUGCGUGCCAACKAAAUGUGGYCCCGUUUCUGUACCUCGAARGCAUCUAGAUAAAUGCCGGAUAUGUGACACUAAAGGAGCAGAGUGCUURGUGAUGCCCGGUGAUGAAUGGGGCGCCGGUCAKGGAGUUAAAGACAARGAUUUYAUUCUGUACGUAUCGGCUUUACAGACCCAACAUUGUGACGUGGCUAACGCCGUAGCGUACGCGUCGUACUGUCAGCAAGAGCAGGUGCACGAUAGGCCUGUAGCGGGGUUCGCCAAUCUCUGUCCAGAUAGACUUGAUCCAGAUCCCAGACACUACUCAAAUCUUAUAUCAACUGUAAAACAUGAGAUUUAUCACGCACUUGGGUUUAGUGCCGGGCUUUUUGCAUUCUACAGAGACAAGUUCGGUGAGCCGUAUACACCGAGAGACAAGCAUGGCCUCCCGCCGUAUAACGAAAAGUUUAAACUUUAUCAGUGGAGCGACAAGGUGGUGAAAAAAAUAGUGCGUGACAAUUGGGCUGUACGCAGAGGUCGAAUCAGUCACGCAGUACAGAUGAUUGUCACGCCAAAUGUACAGAAAGCAGUGCGUGAUCAUUUCAACUGUGAUUCRCUAGAAGGAGCAGAAAUCGAGAACCAAGGAGGUGUUGGUACGGAGUUUACCCAYUGGGARAAACGACUCUUUGAAAACGAAGCAAUGACUGGGACCUACACCCARAACCCAGUCUUUUCUCAAUUAACWCUCGCAUUAAUGGAAGAUACGGGCUGGUACAAGCCGAACUACAGUAUGGCGGACGAUUUGGACUGGGGAAGAGAUCUGGGUUGUAAAUUUGCUAAAUCAAGUUGUAAAACGUGGAUGGAGGAUCACAUAGACGACAGCGAUCAUAGAGCACAGCCGUUUUGCUUUACAGUCAAGCAAACGCCUUUGCGCAUGCGCUGUACACAUAGUAGAAUGUCAUUGGCAUUGUGUAAUCUACGUCAAUACGAGARACCUUURCCAGAGGAAUACCAAUACUUUAGCCACUUGCCUGAUAUGAAAGAAGCAUCAAAUGGCCAUAGUAGAACUUUACACAAAGAUACUUCGUCCUACGGGGGCGCUGUCGCGCUAGCAGACUAUUGCCCMUACUAUCAGAAAUUUACCUUAACCGGAAACGAUGGAAAAAGGCGGGAAACUACCUGUACGUCACGCGACAACGCUCCAUCGGAGCGCGAUAAUUAYGCACUUGAGACUUACGGUUUGAACUGUAAAUGCUUUCAGCAAGGACGCCCAUGGAUAGCCAAGAAAGGGUUAUUAACCAGGACGAUGUUAGACUGGGGCAGUGGUUGCUAYAAGUACUACUGUGAUAAUGGCCUUCACGUACGGGUCCUUAAUAAUACGUACUCAUGCGYUAAAGAAGGCCAACUAUUAAAUGUCAGCGGUUUCUUAGGCGAUUGGAGCAUCACGGGCUCACUCGUUUGUCCACAUUGUUGGGAUUUCUGUGGWGAAAGCACAGGGUGCCCGGUUUACAUAGAGGAUAGUCACGAUGGACUUAAAAAGGAGGAGAAGAGCGCUGCUACUAGUUAUGUUUUACUUGGAAAAAAUGGAGGAAUUUUCAGUAGCUUGCUAUUAGCAUUAAGCGUAAUUUUAUAUGUACUUUAAAAUUUAGCUUGGUUCGCGCUAAACCACGGUGUGUUUAGUGGUUCGUGUGCUAUUACAUGUAGGUAUUAUUUAGAGCGGAUUUCGUAUGAGUGGGAAACGGACGGUACUGUACUGUGACCGUAAUCGUACUGUAACCAAAUUCUAGUGCCCCAUUGGUUCACCAAAAUUGUGMAGGCCAGGUUCGGUAACUGUGCGGUAACCGUGUGGUAACGGUGUCCCACUCGUACGAAAUCCGCUCUACUAGCAAAAUGCAACAAUCGCUAUCCUCUAGUCUGAUACACAGCUUUUUUAUAAAAUGGUUGACGAAGUCAAUGACGGAAAAAAUGUUCCUAGAUGCAUAUAAAUUCUCCUAAUUUGACAUAAAGUUCAAAGAAAGCUGAAUUAAAUGGACUAAGAGAUUCUUAAAUUGAACUGACCAAGAUAAAAAGUCCCGAGAGAUAACUUCAUGAGUCUCUUAAUGUUGAAUUAAAUCACUACCUUCACUUUGUGCAAGAAAGUCAACUUAUCUCACUGCACUCACGAGAAAAACUUGGAACAAACCCAUGUGGGAUAGUCAUAGAAAUCACAUAUGAGCAUGCGCAAUAAUCAAAGUUACUUUGACAAUGUCCUUACACUACAUUCUACUAUGUGCUACGAAGUGAUAAAAUCAACAUUUCUGUUUUAGCGCKUACGUCRUCAGGUCUCGCUUUGCGGGAAGCAAUUGUUUUAUAAUGCAAUUUUGUAAUAAAAUGUCAGUAUUGAAAGUAAUACAGCAAUGUGAAAGCAURAAGUGAUUGCAGGCAAUAGUGCUAAAAUACUAGCUGUAAAAAAAACUGAUACAUAUUUGAUUAGGAAAAUCAAUAAACAACAUUAUGC